AAUCGGGGUCCCGGUCAGGUGCGCUCCUCCGCUUGCACCCCUAAAAUUCAAGCUGUGCCCCCUCCAGAUCGCCUCCAAACAUCUGGGGUUUCUUCUGCCGCCGCCGCCGCCGCCUCCUCUUCCUCCGCCCUCCCCACCCCCCCAAAAAAGGACGACACCACCCGGGCAGAGCUUCUCCUUCCGACUCCGGAGCAGCUCUUUCUUGGCUGCGGCGGCGGCGGCGACGAUCCGGAUUGCCAGGCGCGCCGGGUCUUUAGCGCAGCUCGGCGCCGGCUGCCUCGCGGGGACUUUGCCCGAUGCAACUGGUCGGCUGGCUCCUCCAUGCCUCUCCCAUUUUCCACGCACAGGCGCCCCCACUCCACCCCCAAUUCCUCACCCCCUUUAAAAAUGCAAUUAAAUUAG